GACGAAGCAGCCCAAUUAGAAGCACGACGCAAACGGCGUGAAGCUAUCCGCGCGAAAUAUCGUACUCAAGCUCCGCCGUUGCGUCUGCAGGCCCUCCAGAUGGGCGAUGGUAUGGAUUCAACGACACCAAGCGCCGACACGGCCGCUUCGGUUGCAUCGAACGGCACUCCUUCCGAUGCCGGGCAUUCGGCUCCUCAGACGCCUAAUGAGAUUUCAGAUCCAUUCCCUGCUGACUUCAAGGUUGACAAGGACAAUGGUUCGCUUCAUAAUGAUGCACCUGUAGAUGGUGCUGACAAAGAUGAAGUUUCCGCAGCAGACUACGAUCCUACGAUGGAUAUGAGAGCCGAAAAGGAAAAGCACGACACCCGCAGCUCAACUGAGGAUGUCUCCGCGGCAGCCUAUGAUGAGACACAAACGACCAAGCAGGACAUCUUACUCCCUGACGCAGACCAUCCUCGGGCCCAACCCAAGGCGAAGGAUCCUUACGAUAUGUUUGCAGAAGACGAUGAUGACGACAUGUUCGCCGAAGAUACGCAGGACACCGCGCAGCCUACACACGCCUCGGCCAUGUCCGCCAUCCCGCAGCCCAAAGAGCUGGAUGUCAGUAUGCUGGACAACUGGGACGAUCCAGAGGGCUACUACAACGUGCGGCUUGGUGAGCUGAUCAACGGGCGAUAUCAUGUGCAGCAGAAUCUGGGCAAGGGUAUGUUUUCAUCUGUGGUGCGUGCAACCGAUUCGAAGACUGGGGGUCUGGUUGCAAUCAAGAUUAUCCGACAGAAUGAUACCAUGCGGAAAGCGGGCAUGAAGGAAAUCGGAAUCUUGGAGCAGCUUCGCGAGGCAGAUCCUGAAGACAAGAAACACGUCAUCAGAUUCGAGCGGCAUUUCGAACACAAGGGCCAUUUGUGUAUGGUAUUUGAAAACCUAGGCAUGAAUCUGCGCGAGCUCGUGAACAAGAAGGGUCGUGACACUGGGCUGAACCUUGCCGCCAUCCGAUUGUAUGCGCAGCAAAUUUUCUUGGGACUCAGCUUGUUUCGGAAGUGCAACAUUCUUCACGCCGAUCUGAAGCCCGACAAUCUUCUGGUCAACGAGCACUACAACGUUCUCAAGGUCUGUGACCUGGGGUCGGCCUCCCCUGCGACGGAAAACGAGAUAACGCCAUACUUGGUCAGUCGGUUCUACCGGGCGCCGGAGAUCAUCCUGGGGAUUCCGUACGAUCACGCCAUCGAUGUGUGGUCGAUUGGAUGCACACUAUUCGAGAUCGCUACGGGCAAGAUCCUUUUCACGGGGCGGAACAACAAUCAGAUGCUCCGGUCAAUCAUGGAAUGUCGUGGCAAAUAUCCCCCGAAGCUGUUACGGCGCGGGUCGCUGACGCACAUGCACUUUGAUGAGAUGUUGAAUUUCCAUAGCCAGGAGGAAGACAAGGUCACGCGUCGUCCGGUGGUACGGGUGGUGGAUUUCAAGAAGCCGACGCGCGAUCUGCGGACACGGUUGAUGGGCAAGGGGACCCGUGGGAUGACGGAGAGUGAGACAAAGGAGCUGACGUUGUUCUUGGACUUGCUGGAGCGUUGUCUCAACCUCAAUCCAGAGAAACGAUGCACGCCGGCGGAGGCCUUGCGGCAUCCGUUCAUCUCACGACCGAAGGUGUAGGUGGACGGUACGGGAUCGGAGAUGUUUGUACAAAUUAUGUCAUCGUGGUACACUGCAGUACAUAUUUAGCAGUAAUAUCCCCAAGGUCUUAACCAUGGUCUCUUUAUGAUUGAUCAGCCUUGUGUGUAAAGUUUCAACAUAGGCAGAAGUAAGGUAGAUGAUGACUCAAUGGCCGUUUUCAUCCAGUCCAGUGCCACCGGUGUAUAUUUAGAGUAUGAGUACGGACGGAGUAGUCUUUCAGCGGCGCAGCAGC